UGUAGUGGCGCGUGGUGCGCUGUGCUGCGUCUACUGUACGCUGUCUGUCAGUCCGCGCGCCCGCGGUAGUCGGUGUGUGGCUCUCAUAGAGGGCACAAGCGCUGGACUAAUGCCGAACUCAGAAUGCACGUUGGCAGAUGACGGUAUGAACAAGCCUUCGGCAAACCACAAGCUGGAGUCUCCUGGAGCUAGGACCGUCUGGAGCUCUGGAGUGGGCAGCAACCAAGAUCUUGUGGCCGCCUCCAUCUCCAGACAAAGACCUAAAACAGGGGCCAGUAGAAGGAGGCUGAAAAUUUACAUUGGGAUUCUUCUUCUAAUAACGUUCUGCCUGUUUACUGCGUGUGCCUUUCUCAUUUAUAACUAUUUAGAACACUUACUCAACCCUCCAGAUCUGUGUACGACAGCAGAGUGCAUCAAAGCAGCUGCAACAAUAGUAAACUCCAUGGACACUACAGCAGACCCGUGUGAGGAUUUUUAUCAGUUUGCGUGUGGCAACUUUGAGAAAGAACACCCGAUUCCUGACACAGACUUCAGCGAGGACUGGUUCACAAACAGGAACCAUCAUGUCAUCCGAAGGGUACGAGAGUACAUGGAGCAGAAUGACACCGAUGACGAAGCAACAUCUGUUCAUCAAGCAAGGGUGAUGUACAGGGCCUGCAGGGAUGUCGAGGCCUUGGAAAAACUGUCUCUGAGCCCCAUGAUGGGGUUCCUGGAACACCUGGGGCUUCCACAGACUCCGCCACUGGAGGAGUCAGACGAUAUCGUCAGCUGGCAGGAGGCUGUGGCCCAUAUCAAACGACACAUUGACAAGGACAUCUUUAUCGGCUUUGACGUCACCGCUGAUCCUGUCAAUAACACUGUCAAUAGGCUCUCUUUGGGCAUGCCAGGGGACGGCAACCCUCUACCUAGUCAUAACGAGCACAGCAGGAUCAAGAGGCCUCCCCUGCGUUCUCUGUUGGCAAGGGGAGGAUCACGACGAAGAGGAGCUUGGAAGGAAUAUAUCAUAAAGACUAUGAACCACAUUUUGGAGUACAACAACCGGUCUGCAAAGGCCUUUAAAUCUUCUGUUGAAAAAGCAGCUAUUCAAAUCAUGGACUUUGAAAAAAAGAUUAUCAUUUUGAAGGAAAAUUUCUCCUCAACAGACCCCACCAAAGAUGAUCUACCCCAGUACAUGUGGGUGUCAGAGCUGCAGAAUGUUACAGACAAGGAAGUCUCAAGCUAUGCUCCUUCACAAAUAAAUUGGCAGAAAUACCUGGAAGUGUUAUUUGAAGAUAUUGAAGGUCUCAGUCUGGACUUAUAUGACUAUGAUCAGCUGGCAGUUUACAACAUUGACUAUUUGUUUGUGACAGAUAAAUUGGCAGAAAUACCUGGAAGUAUAAAUUGGCAGAAAUACCUGGAAGUGUUAUUUGAAGAUAUUGAAGGUCUCAGUCUGGACUUAUAUGACUAUGAUCAGCUGGCAGUUUACAACAUUGAUUAUUUGAGAGCCUUGAUGAGGUUGUUGGCCGAGACACCUGAUUCCACAAUCUUGUUGACAGUUUGGUGGGAGGUAGUAUUUGAGCUGGCUCCUCACACCUCCAACUAUAUGAGAGAUCUUCGAACAGACUUUGAGGAGAAAACUAUUGGUGAAGUGGCUCCUACUUCAAGGCCUACUCAUUGUGCAUAUGUGGUAUUCAAGCUGUUAGACAUUGCUGUUGGGACAGUUGCUACUAAAGAGUCGUUUUUAUACAAGACCAAACCAAAGGUAAACGAAAUGAUAGAUGACAUCCAAGUUUCAUUCAUGAAAGCAGUGGAUAGAACCUCAUGGAUAGAUAAAGAGACUAAAGCUGCUAUAAAGGACAAGGUAUCAGUUAUCAAGAGGCGAAUAGGAUUUCCUGAAUGGAUACUUGAUAAUUAUGAAGUGGAGGAUUACUAUGAUACGCUUGAAAUGUAUGAGAAGACUCAUUUAGAGAACAUUUUAACGUUCUUGGGACGUUCGGUUUACAGUUCCUUCAAGAAUCUGCACACUUACAAUGUUUAUAACAGCUCUGGCUUUAAUCCAUUAGAGGUUAAUGCAGCUUACAGUGUACAGGAUAACAUGAUUUUUGUUCCUAUGGGAAUGAUCCAGUUCCCUUUUUACCAUUUGGGACUAGAUGCCCUUAACUAUGGAGCUAUUGGCUCAAUUUUGGGCCACGAGUUGGUCCAUGCCCUAGAUACAGAUGGGCGAAAGUAUGAUAAGCUGGGGAACUAUCGUAGCUGGUGGUCCAAUGAUUCCAUCAAAUCAUUUACACAGAAAGUCUCAUGCCUCGUAGACAAGUAUAGCACAUACUAUAUUGAAGAUGUGGAUGAAUGGGUGGAUGGUAACCUCACACUUGGCGAGAAUAUUGCAGACAAUGGAGGACUACGAGCUGCUCUCUGGGGGUAUCACAGACGAUUGGCUAGGGGAGGUGAGGAACCCAGGCUGCCAGGUCUCCAGCAGUACAGCCAUGACCAGUUGUUCUAUCUGGCCUUUGCUAAUAUCUGGUGUGAGAAUUGGUCAAAACAGUCGAUGAGAUGGACACUGGAGGGAGAACACGCCCCGAACUAUGUUAGAGUCAUGGGCACCCUUUCCAACUCUCCAGAGUUUGGCAAGACUUGGAACUGUCCAUUGGAGACAGAGAUGAACCCCAGACACAAGUGCCAUGUGUGGUGAUCUUCCUUAGAUUAUUGAAAUGAAGAAAACUUAAGUUCCAGUAUAACAAAAAAUUCUAAAUACUUUAGCUGAAUCCGUCCAAAAUGUCUGCCUUUAAGAUAAUUUGUAAUUUAAUAGUAUAAUAAUUAGUAUGUAUACACAGUAGUCUUAGUGUAUUGUAAUUAUAAGGUAAUGUUAUUAGAUACUUGGCGGAAAAGAAGCUACAGAAAUAAGAAUGCAUUUUUUAGGUGAAAUGUAAUUGCUAUACAAGGGGUUUAGAAAUUUAAAGCACUUUUGUGUGUUUUUAUCCAUGUGUAUUUGAGUGUUGUAUUUGCAUAUAUUUUUGUAAUAUUUAUGUAACAACACAAACAUUGAUAGUUGUAUUGUCUAUUGUAAAAUUGGAUAUAGAUUUUAUAAGUGAUGUUUGAAAAGUUUGUUCAGUCAUAAAUAUACAGAGUGUAAAAAAUGUCCACCACAGGCUUAAUAAUUCCCAACCAGGAAUAUAACUUGGUACAUCAUUACUGCACACAUAAAUGUACCGUUUGAAGUUACUACCAUUUUUUUGUUAUGUCAGGGGGAUGGAGUCAGAAGGAAAUCUUACUGGGUGUAAGUCAAGUAGUACAUCAAAUUAAAGGUGUUUAUUAGUAGAGUACAUUACUGCAAAUCUGACCUCAAAGGGUUCACUCUUUAAAAAAUGACGCUGGUUUAACUUAAAAAAGUAGAUUUAUAGUUGUAGUAACGAUGUAUUAAGUUUUAUUGCUUUACCUGUAAUUGUUCGGGAGUUACUAUGCCUGUGCAGGACUUUUUUUACACCCCGUAUAUCAUGCAGUUUUGAUAUAUUAUGGUUAUUAUUUUCAGUUAUUAUAAUUCUUGGAGGAACUAACAUCAAUUUUCAACAAUAUCGUUCACUAUUCUGCGUUUAUUUUUAUGUUUGAAUUGUCAAAACUGAGUAAUAUAACAAAAUUAUGAUAUGUUCCUAGGGUGGUUUACAAUUGUUUCAGAGGACUCUAAAGAAUGUUUAAUCAUUAAUGUAUAAAAGAUAGAUUCACUUAAAAUCUAAGAAUAGUCGACUUAAUCAGUAGAGUAUGCAACAAAAUCACUCUUUCUUCAGCUGAGAUGGUUAUGGAAACUUUUGUUGAGAGUGUUCAAGGAGUAAUGUAUAAUACUUGGAAGAGAUGAAAUGAUUACACAUGCAUAUUACUCAUUGUUAUGGGGCUAGUUACUACCUAACUAGUUGCAAGUUCAUGAAUGGCCCCAAAAAAUCAUUUCAUUAAGAAAGCUCAUUAGCUUAUUCCUCUUGAUUUACUGUCACAAACUUUGUCAGCGUGGAAAUCCAAUUUCUUUUCACAUUGUCUCCACUUUUAAAUUUUUGGCUUCCAUCAGUGAAAUAAGUUCUGAUCAAUGGAAAACAUACUAGCUGGAAAGAAUUUAUAACAACGAGGACUGGGUUGCCAAUUUUGUGGAUUUUGACCUAUCAUAUGAAUUGGAAGGGAUGUAAAAAUUAGGACAAACAUUGAACUAAGUGUAAUCUUAAGAAGAAAUUAUUACGUAUUCCAAAAUGUUAAGUUCUUUGCAAUUUGGACUGACUGACGUAUUCCAAAAUGUUAAGUUCUUUGCAACUUUGGACUGACUCUUCAAACCAUUCUACUACUUGUAAGCAAUUUUUGUUUUAUUAUGAUAAACGUUAUUAAAAAUGUAUAUUAUCUCGAAGAUUAAUACAGAGGUAAUCAAUUAUUAUUGGGCAACUGGACUUUAUUUCAGGUGAUAUCUGUUGUUUUGCCAGUUUUCACUGAUUAAGAUCUGAAGUAUUUAAUCAAACACAAAUGGAGAAAAAGUUUGACACUAAGUAGUAAAGAGCAAAAAAUGAUGUAAAUACAAUGUUGCAGACAAUAGUUGUAUCAUCUAACGUGCAUCGAAAGAUUUGUGUCAUAAAGAAAUUUUGAUCUCCCAAUUUUACUUUAGACAUGAUUGUAUCAUAUAGAACUCUCUUACAUUCUAUAAAAACAUGAAUGAUUUUUUCAACUACAGCCCAGUUCUAGAAAAGCAUUUAAUACUGGUGUAUUUGCCAUACUUUAACACAAGUUUUAUUUAUAAAUACAUUAAAUAUAUGCAGUUAUUUUUUAAGUAUAAAACAUUAUUGCAACAGAAAAAAUAAAGAUAUUGUUAUCUUAGAAAGCCUGUACUUACGUUUCGUGAAAGCAUGUCACUUGUUUACCAAUAUAUAAAAAACAAUCAUAUUUCUUAGCUGAAUAAUAGUACUUAAUUACUUCAUUUGCUUAAGAGGAAAAGGGUGUAUAUUUAUUUAAAUUGCACUUUUUUGGUGUGAAAAUACAUGUGAAAAAUUAAUCUUGUUUCUGAUUAAACAAAUUUUAUUAAUACACAUGAUGUAAAAGUGUUUUUUACAAUACAAAGUACAAACUAAUUAUUUUUAUUAUGUCUUUGUAGGUAAUUCUGUUAUGGUGUAUUGUCAAUACCUGGUAUCACCCCCUCUAGCAUGAACCACAGCUUGAAACAUAUCCAUCCCUCAAGUAAGGUUUUGUAUGCUUUCUUGGGGGAUGUUUUCCCACACCUUCUGGAACGCUUGUUUAACUUCUCAUAAAAAAUUUGUGGUGCGUGAUCCCGAGACCAGAUCAGUUUUUUAGUAGUUUACCACAGAUGUUCUAAAGGAUUCAUGUCGGCACUCCUUGGAGGCCAAUUCAAUUUGUUCAUACCAGUUUUCCUUAGCGUGUAACUGCUCUCGCAUUGUGUGGGUGGGCGAUAUCUUGCAUUAGAAGAACAUUUUCACCAAUAAAAGGCUCAAAUGGUAUAACAUGGUCUUGUAAGAUGUCCAGUAUGUACCUUUCUAAAUUAAGCGCUGGGCGACGAACAGUUCCUAUUACUGUGCGGGAUUCAAAACUUAUGCCUCCCCAAAACAUCACAGAGCCACCUCCUAAAACCAUCUCCAAGGCUCUUGGAGCAAGGCACACUUGAAAAUAUCGCUUCCCACUUCUUCUCCAAACUUAUAUAUGUCCAACUUGACCCUUUAAACUCACUUAGAUUUCAUUGUGAAUAAAAUUGUUUCUAUUGCUCAAAAGUCCAGUUAACAUGAUCAUGAGCAAUUGCAAAUCGAGCAACAUGGUGCUGCUUGGUAUAUUCCAGUGGGAAAAUAAUUUUAAAACUCUUCUGAAAUGUGUUGAAAAUUAUUUACAAAUUUUUUUACUGCAUAAUGUUGUUGCUUAGGUUGUAAUAUAUUCAUCAGUUGUUAGGUAGCUCUAGAUACCUCACGAUUUGUACACCAUUUGAGUGUGAUAAACAACUAAUACUCAACAUCGCCCUACCUAAUUUUGUUUUGUAUCAUCACUGUAUAACAAUUUUUUGCUUCAAGGGAGGUAGCAGCUGCCCCUCCCCCCAUGCCCCUCACUGGGUACAUCCAUGAUUGAGUUUACUCUUGUUCAUGUUUCUUUCAUUCACAUCAAAGUUCAUAAAGUAACUUUCUUUUAACUUCUUGUGGCAUAGCUAAUACAAUUACACAAAUACUGACUCUGAUUAUUGUGUAACAACUUAUCUUCAAGUCUUUUAGUUGAACAGGUGUAACAGGUAUAAUUCAUUCUAAAUUUAUACUUACCUUUACUUUAUUUGUUAACAUUUUGUACACAUUAAGAGGGGAAGCUGUUUAUUUGUGCUAAUUAAUCUGCAAUAAUGUCCCAAACUUCUUUUUUGUGAACUACUUUAAGCGAUCUUGAUAUGUUGAUAUCUUGAUAAUAAAGAGUGCUCUAGAACCUAUGAUGUAUUUAAUACAUCAUGUAUUGGCAGUAUUAAAUUGCAAAGGAAGCAAAGGCGAUUACUUGCUACAUAGUGGUAGCAUCUUCCAGCAUCUUCUAACAGUUUUAGUCUACCCUUUGUUCAGUGUUAAUUUUCUGAUAAAAAUUUGUGAUGUUUCUAGUUUUCCGCCUCUUCCUUCUUGGUGAUAUGUGUGGAGUUAUGGUGUUCUUGGAUUUCAGUAUUGAUAAAUUAUUUCACUGCUCUAAAUAAAACUAUAUGCAGGUUUAAAUUUUAAUCAACUUAUUGAAAAUAACAUCCCAUCCCUUGUAAGCACAUGUCCAUUAUGUAGGCCUAUUAUUUAUUUUCAUGGUAUUUUACUGAAAGUUUAAGUAAGUAGGCUAUCAGUAGUAAAUGUGAUACUUCAAAUUUGUAUGGUAUGAUUGUAAGGGUGGCUGUAUUGGGAAAGUAAAUCCUUAUAUCUACCUUCAUUACUAGUUAUAACUAGUUCUAGGUCUUACUUUUUAAAUGAGGGAUGUUUGACUUGAUUAUAAAUACUGUAGCUAUAUCUCAAUGUACUCCUUUUUGUUUUCAUAAAUGCUGUAUGAACAAUAUGGUUAUCCUUGUUUAUGUGUGUGUAGGUGACACAUUCAAAGCAAACAGCAUAAAAAGAGAAUAAUACAUUUUUUUGGUGUGUGUUUUACAAUUGCAAAUGUGUGUCAAAAAUAUACCAUUCAUAUAUAUAUGUGUAUAUUAUUUUCUGCUUAUUAUAUACUAACAAAACUGAUUACAUUUUAAACAUUGCACAUACCUGAACUACAAACCAAUUCAAUUUCAUGAAAUAGUUUUUAUUUUUGUCAUUUGACUGCCUGUUUGGUUACCACUUCUUUGGUUAAUUUUUACACAUCCCUCAAUAAACAAAUUUUAUAUCAAUUAAGCUAUCAUAUUUUUUACAUUUAUUUAAUAGUGCUAAUAAAGUAAAAGCAGAUAAAUGUUUUACUAAAAAAUAUCAUUGAUACGUAGCAUUUAAUUUCUAGUUUUAAUGAGUUCUGAUGAAUAUAUUUGAUGUGUUUAUAUAAUGUACAUAUGAUAAGUUUCUAUGUGACGUUGUAGUCACGUCACGUGUGAUAAAAGCUGUGAUUCAGCCACUGUGGCUCAUUUAAUCAAUAAAAAUGAUUUCUCAAAGUG